CGCCGAGCCGAGCCGGGCCGGGCCGUGCGGGAGCGGGGCUCCCGUGGCACACGAGGGCAGGAUGAACGUGGGGACGGCGCACAGCGAGGUGAACCCCAACACGCGCGUCAUGAACAGCCGCGGCAUCUGGCUGUCCUACGUGCUGGGCAUCGGGCUGCUGCACGUCGUGCUGCUCAGCAUCCCCUUCUUCAGCGUGCCCGUGGUCUGGACCCUCACCAACAUCAUCCACAACCUGAGCAUGUACAUCUUCCUGCACACCGUGAAGGGAACCCCCUUCGAGACCCCGGACCAGGGCAAGGCCCGGCUGCUGACGCACUGGGAGCAGAUGGAUUACGGAGUCCAGUUCACCGCCUCCCGCAAGUUCCUCACCAUCAUGCCCAUCGUCCUGUAUUUUCUAACCAGCUUUUACACCAAGUACGACCGGAUACACUUCAUCAUCAACACCAUCUCCCUCAUGAGCGUGCUGAUCCCCAAACUGCCUCAGCUCCACGGAGUCCGGAUCUUUGGAAUCAACAAGUACUGAGCGGCGUGGCUGGAGCGGGCGGCGGAGGAGUGGGGAAAGGGGGAAUUCCUUCUCCCCAGCCCUGUUUGCUCCCCCUCGCGCGGACUGGGAUGUGAUUUUCGGAGCGGCUGUUCCAACGCAGGUCCCAACAGACACAUUCCGCAUGCUGGAUCCUCGUGCCCAAUAAAUCCAAACCAGCUCCAGAGUAGAGUUUAGUGCGGAGCAGGACACGCGACACCGGAUUUCUCUUAUCCCGGUGUCACCAAUAGAUGCAGAACCACUGAGACCUGGAGGUACAACGAGGACGGAUUCUGGGAGGAAUCUCAUCUGUCCCAGACAUGGAAUGAACAAGGACAGGGGUGAGGGGAAAAGCUUUUAGUGCUGGUACUAUUGCUGUGGUAAAUGCACUUUAAAAUACCUUUCCCUUCCUGAAGCUGGGUGGUGCUUUGAGCAGUACGUGGGGGAAAUCCAAAGGGAUACAGCCAGACUUCCCCAGGGCUGGAUUGUUUUGGGGUCUGAGUUGCAGUUCUAGGCAGGGGGGAGUGGGAGGGAGAAGAGAGCGACAGAUUUUUAUUUUGCAGUCUUUGACGCCACUGAGAAGGGAAGUUCUUUUCCUAAAAACAACCUGCAGUUUGACAAAGCUUCCGCUUUCCUACAGCACCAUCCAUGUGGUCCAGGGAAGAGGUGGAUAGAUCCCAAAUCAUGCUCCUUAUUUUCAGUUUAUACCCAAAUCUGUCCUGGUAACUCCUCUCCCCCCCACCUCGCUGCUGGUUUUUAAGCACAGGGGGGCUCGGGGGGCAUUUGGAUCAAGGGCUGGGGGUGGAUGAUUUAAUGAUUGACAACAAAUGCCACUGAGCUCCUUGGGACAGGGAGAGGUGUGGGAGAGGCUCCCACUGGACAGGUACAGGCCAAAUGAGGUGGAGGGCUGAUUGCUCUAAUCAAGCAGAAAGCCAUCCUUGACUUUAAUUGGAAUUUUUCUCCUCAGUCCAGCUCGUUGGUUAAGUCCGUGUGACUGGGAUUUGCCAGUUCUCCAGUUGUCCGUGGACUCAAGGGAGGUGAGGGUUGGAUUUCUGGCUUACCUAGAAGUCUCUCCCUUCAGCUCCACACCCAGGGGCUGCGUGAGGAGCAGCAGCAGCAGCAGCAGAAUUGACCAGCAGAGGGAUUCAGUGGGUCACUGAUAACAGAUUAUUUCACAGAGGAACAAAAUCGAGCCUUUUCCCUCAAAUUAUCACCUCCAACAGAUUCAGGUUUCCUGGCUGAGACAGCUUUUUCCUGUUCAAAAUAAUCCCAUUUUCUUUUGGGUUGUGUUCCAGGUGGGAUGUUUCCCCUCACGCUUCCCCUGAGACCCCAUGAAAACCUGUAUUUUUGUUGUCUUAGUGCUUAUAUCGUCUUACCUUUCUGACAAUGGGAUAAAACCUUUUAAAUCUGCUAUUUUUGUUCCUGCAGUAGCAAUUCCAGCUUUAGAGGCCACGGUGGAGAGUGUUGAGUUGUUGGAUGGUCUGAGCAUAGGACAUGGAUUGGGGAAUUUCAGGUUUGCACCUGAAAUCUGUUACUCUGUGCAUAAUUUCGGGGAAGCUGCUUCACUUCUCUCCCUCACACUUCCUAUGGGACUGCCAUGGGGAAGGGAAAACAUUCAGUGUGCCUCAGAGGGCUGGAAUGCAGGGAGGAUGACUCCCUAAUAUGUUUGAAAAGUGGAAAUAGAAGUGAAAAGGAUGUUUUCAAGAAGGUAGAAAGAGAAAAAAAGAGUCUGGCUGGAGACCCCAGGGCGUUGACAGACGUGCAAUUUCCCUGAUGGGGAGGUGAAACCUUAAAUGUAACCCCCAGGACAUGAGGACUGCUGCUUUAGUUAAGGUACUCUCUACCCUAAUCGGCUCUUUAAGCUACUAGACAAUGAUAAUUGCUAUCAAAAUAGAGAUAUUGCAUCAAUCAGCUUGGAAAUGGCACAGAAAUGAGCAGGAUCCCUGCGGGGGGCAGGUCCUGGCAGGGGUGGCUGAGGCUGUACCCAAAACACUGUGUGGUGCUGAACAGACUCCCAGUGUCUGCCCAGGCACCACUUCCAUCUCCAGAGGGAAGAGAAUGAAUUGUUUUGGUAGA